AUGCCCUGCGCAGGAAACCUGACUAAACUGAUGCUCAACUUCAACAUGUUCAAGACCGUGCUCCCUGGCAUGUUCGACUCUCUGAAAAAGCUAGAAACUCUGCAGAUGAAGGGCAACGUCAUAUCAAAUCUGCCUGCAUUCCUUCUGCUUCACCUCCACAAUCUACGGGUCUUGGAUCUGUCCCAGAAUAAGAUUCAAGACGUGAAAAGGGAAACUUUUUCUGGCCCGGCCAAACUGGAGAUCCUGAAACUGAACAACAACCUCAUAAGCAAUCUCACAUCUGACUUGUUCCACAAUUUUUCAAAGCUGGAAGAGCUUCACUUGGAAGGAAACAACAUAUCAGAACUCGCUGAUGAUAGCUUCUCCGUAUUAACCAAGCUGAAGGUCCUGAACCUCAGAGGGAACCUUCUCACGAGCUUCAGUGGUAAAUUGUUUGGAUUCAACGCCCCAAAUUUGAAGGAACUGAACCUUAAAGGCAACAUGUUGACCACGUUGUCCUCUCUGAGCAGUUUGACGUCUCUUACUGACUUUAUCUUGUCCUCAAACCAGCUCUCCGACCUUCCUGAGGACACUUUUAGAAAUGUUACAGCCCUGGAGAAUCUAGACCUGUCUGAAAACCAGCUCACCCUGCUACCAGAAAUGGUCUUUAAUGAACUUUUCAGCAUCAAGGCGAUCCACCUCAAUAAGAACAACCUGAGCAGGGUGGACGCCAAUCUGUUUGAGGACCAGUUGCUGAUUCAGCAGCUCUACCUGUCCGACAACCAGCUGGAAUCUCUUCCACUGGGCCUGUUGGACCCUUUUGUCAUACAGCACACGGUGAGACUGCACGGGAACCCUUGGAAAUGCGACUGUCACAUGUGGUAUCUGCACGACUGGGUGCUGAGAAAUGGCCGAGAUGUGGAGAUGCUCGACAGGAUGCUCUGCUCUAGCCCUGGCUUCCUGAGAAGACGGGCAGUCGUGUCCAUAGACAAGGACCAGUUGGUUUGUGAGGUGUCUAGAGAUGCUACAACUGAUCUCAGUAGAUGUAGAGUACAAGCUUCCGGGGACACUGUGAUUGUCAAUUGCAAAGUGGACAAGUGCUCUCCACUUACAGUGAGGCUGCAGUUUCAGGAGGAGGACGGAAGCAUAACGGAGCAUUAUUUGAAAAAUGAGUCUAAGUGUAGCAAUGACACAGUGAUUGAUAUUCCUGGUCUGUAGUUUUUCCUUGUUGCUAGACUUUGUUCUCCGUGCAAAUACGUCGUCAUGCAUCUGAGUCAUAUUAUAUGUUCUGACUGUCAGAGUCAAUACUGUAAACAAACCUGUAACGCAACAGCUGAUAACCAGCA